UUGAGAGGACGCCUUAGCUUGUCUAGGGCCCUCCUUUUUUCAGACUGACUGGGACAUUUCUACAUGCAUUGUUACAAAGAGAAGAAGGAUGAGUGAAGGAGGGUGGUAGAAGCAAGGAAAUCUAUAUUUACUGAUAAUUUCAACUGAUAUAUUGGCCAUGCACUAUACACUUUUUUUUACAAUUUGGAUACAUUUUCACUGAAACGAGGAAUGGUUAUGGAUCGUGUUAAAUGCAGACGGACAUAUUUGUGGCUUCAGCUUUUGUUCAUCCUGCUGGGAUUGCUCUCGGGUGCGGUGGUCGGGCAGCUGUCGUAUUCGGUCUCAGAGGAAGUAAACCGAGGGACUACGGUUGGAAAUCUCGCUAAGGAUCUAAACCUAAACCUUCAAGAGCUGGAGUCACGCAUGUUUCAGGUGGUUAUUGGAUCGAAGAGGAAAUAUUUCGAGGUCAAUCUCAAGACGGGUAUUCUCUUUAUCAAUGAGAGGAUAGACAGAGAGGAGCUGUGCGCUGAGGAACCGAAAUGUACAGUGAGUGUAGAAGCCGUCAUAAACAACCCGUUGAAGCUCUUCCGUAUCGAAAUAGACAUUUUAGAUGCAAAUGACAAUGGCCCAUUGUUUACAGAACCAUUGCAAAUUUUAGAUAUAGCAGAAAACACGUUAUCAGGAGUGAAAUUUGCCUUAUCUGAGGCGACCGAUGCAGAUGUGGGGAAGAAUGGAGUCAAUACGUAUAAGUUAAGCCCAAAUGAAUAUUUCACCUUGGCAGUGCAUAAAGCAGAAGGGGCGGUGUCGGCCGAAUUAGUUUUACAGAAAGGUCUUGACAGAGAAAAGCAAGCUGUAAUAAACCUAACACUAUCUGCUCAUGAUGGGGGUACACCCGCUAAAUCUGGUAAUUCGCUGAUUAUUAUUCAUGUCCUAGAUAUAAACGACAAUCUUCCAAUAUUCAGCAAAUCUCUAUACAAGACUCAAAUAGCCGAGAACUCGCGCCCAGGUACAACCGUAAUGGCAGUAAACGCCACGGACGCAGACGAAGGCGAUAAUAGUGAGAUCGUAUAUUCUCUCAGAAGCAAAGAUCAAGACCGCGUGCUUGACAUUUUUCAAAUUGACGCCGACACGGGCGUUAUUACGUUGAAAGGAAACCUUGACUUUGAGGCAAAAAAGGCUUUUGAGAUACGCGUCGAGGCCAGAGACAAAGGCCAGCCGCCGAUGUCUGCUCAUAGUAAAGUGCUAGUAGAAGUCAUGGACGAGAAUGACAACGCGCCUCAAAUUACAGUGACGUCAUUACUAGACAGGGUCAAAGAGGACGCCCCACUGGGCACCGCGAUUGCUCUGGUGUCGGUCUCCGAUAAGGACGGAGGACGUAAUGGUGAAGUGAAAUGUGAGGUCACGAAAAAUAUUCCUUUUAAAUUGGAAUCCAAUUACAAAAACUAUUACUCCUUGGUUGUUGCCGGUCCACUAGACAGGGAGAGCGCGUCCCAGUAUAACGUCACCUUCAUGGCUAACGACGAAGGGAUUCCGCGUCAGUCCAGCCGAAGCUUUAUUAACGUUUAUGUUUCCGAUAUUAACGACAACGCUCCGCGCUUCUCAGAGCCCUCGGUUCGCAUAUACGUGAAGGAAAACAGCCCAAUAGGAGCCACCAUUAAAUCGAUUUCUGCAGUUGAUGCGGACGUUGGUGAGAACGGCCUCUUGAGCUAUUCAGUUCUAAACAGCAAUAGGAAUGCAUUGCCGCUGUCUUCAAUGAUUAACGUGAAUCCACAAACGGGAGAAAUCACCAACCUUCAGUCUUUUAAUUACGAGGAGCUCAAAACGUUUCAGUUUAAAGUUAAGGCCACAGACUCUGGAGUUCCUCCCCUCAGCAGUAACGUGACAGUCAAUGUUUUUAUCCUGGAUGAGAAUGACAACAGUCCCGGGAUUCUACCCCCCUAUUCUGAACAUGGCUCCGUUAACAGUGAGAACAUUCCCUACUCUGCUGAAGCGGGAUACUUUGUGGCUAAAAUCAGGGCCGUAGACGCAGACUCUGGUUACAAUGCACUGCUUUCAUAUCACAUAUCUGAACCCAAAGGAACCAAUCUCUUUCGGAUCGGAACCAGCACCGGUGAAAUCAGGACUAAGAGACGGAUGAGUGACAAUGACCUGACAACUCACCCGUUGGUGGUUUUGGUCUGUGAUAACGGAGAGCCCUCCCUGACAGCUACUGUGUCUAUUGAUGUCGUUGUGGUUGAAAACACAGGAGACCUUCAGACUCAGUUCAGACACGUGCCGCUAAAGGAGGACAGCUUCUCUGCUUUAAACCUGUAUUUACUGAUCGCCAUUGCGUCGGUGUCAGUGAUCUUUCUACUGAGUCUCAUCAGUUUAAUAGCAGUCAAAUGCCACCGGACAGACAACAGUUUCAGCAGGUACAGCGCCCCAAUGAUCACCACCCACCCUGACGGGAGCUGGUCUUACUCUAAAUCUACUCAGCAGUAUGACGUGUGUUUCAGCUCAGACACACUGAAGAGUGACGUAGUAGUGUUCCCUCCUCAAUUCCCGCCUCUUGAUGGAGAACUGAUCAGUAUAAAUGGAGGAGACACUUUAAGCAUGACUCAGACUUUGCCCAAUCACGAGAAGGUAAGAAUCAAACAAAUACUACAAAUCUGUUGCAUGCUUGAAAAGGUGCAAUUCUCACCAGUUUCCUCUUACAAAAGUUUUUCUGCUAUUAAGCAAAUGCAUUUACAUCAUUUCUAGUCUCUUUUCUAAACCUCCCCUCAUCUAUGUUGCCCAUGACAGCCCACAACAUGACCUUGACCAUGUAUUGGUUUUGAAUCGAGCUUUCUACGGUUCAUAUUUUUGUAUAAUGAAUACGAUGCCUUGAAGGCAAUUUCCUCU